UUGUGGGAUUCGCGAGGGUUUCAGAUGGAGCAGCAGCAAAGUAGCGGGACACAGCCCAAGUUCUUGGCGACGCCUCCGAGCCUUGUCGGGAGCAUCGUGGAGAGAGGUAUAUCGGAGCCUGCAAACAAGCCGCUUCCCCCCAGACCCACCCUUCUUUCCUUCCCCGUGGCUCGUCAUCGUUCCCACCGACCCCAUUCGUCUCCUGUGGGGAGCAGAGCCCAACCUCAGGAUUCUAAUGUCGAGGAGGAUGAAGAAGACGAAGAAGAAGGUUUCAUGAACGCAGACUCCAUUGCUGCUUUUGCUAAACCUCUUCAAAGAAAGGAGAAAAAAGACAUGGAGCUCAGGAGGUGGAAAGAUAUGCUCUCUCCCGCAUAUAACACACACCAAUCAAGGAAAGCUGAUAAAUUGAGUGCGCCGACCACCACUCCCAUGGACGUGGAUAACGGCAACCCUCUUGAGUUUCCCACAACUCGGACUUCUAUAAAACACCUGGGGAGCCAGGAAAGCACUUGUUUUGACGCCUCGAGUGGACUCGGAACUAGACAGGCAUCUUCAUCUCUUGAGAGUGAAAUCGAUGAGGAGAACCACGCGCGGCUGCAGACAAUGUCACACGAAGAGAUUGCAGAGGCGCAGGCUGAGUUAUUGGACAAGAUGGAUCCUGCCUUACUAAGCAUUCUGAAGAAACGAGGCCAGGACAAAUUGAAGAAGCGAAAGCAUUCAGUGCCUGCGGCGGAAACUAAGAAUCUAAGAAGCCAGGGUCACUUUGUCAGGCCUAAUAUUCAUCCACCGCAGGGCCACGCUCAAGAAACAAGCGCGGUGUUAGCCCAAGGCUUCUUGUGGGAUGCAUGGACUGAGAGGGUUGAGGCAGCCAGGGAGUUGAGCUUCUCCUUUGACGGCAAUGUCGUUGCAAGUGAUGCUGCUCAAACUGGUGAAAGCAUUGGAUCUGCUGUUGAACGUGACUUCUUGAGGACCGAGGGGGACCCUGGGGCAGCAGGGUACACCAUCAAAGAAGCUAUUGCACUCGCACGAAGUGUGAUUCCGGGGCAAAGAUGCCUUGCUUUGCGUCUGCUUGCAUCUGUGCUCGACAAAGCUUUGUGCAAACUUUGCCAGAGCAGAAUCGGCUCCUCAAGGGAUGAAAAAGAUAAAUCCACUGAUUGGGACGCCAUCUGGGCUUAUGCCCUCGGACCACAACCUGAGCUUGUCUUAGCAUUGAGGAUGGCUCUUGAUGACAACCAUACCUCUGUUGUUCUAGCAUGUGUAAAAGUGAUUCAGUGUCUACUGAGCUCUUCUCUUAAUGAGAACUUCUUUGAUAUUUUGGAGAACAUGGGACCACACGGAAAGGACAUCUUCACGGCCGCUGUGUUCAGGAGUAAGCCAGAGAUUGAUCGUGGCUUCCUCCGUGGUUGCUACUGGAAGUACAGUGCCAAACCCUCCAACAUCGUUCCUUUCCGUGAAGAAAUCGUGGAUGAGGGGGCAGAAGAUGCAGAAACUAUCCAAAAAGAUGUUUUUGUGGCUGGACAAGAUGUUGUUGCUGGUCUCGUCAGAAUGGAUAUCCUUCCAAGAAUUUAUCACCUUCUAGAGACAGAGCCAACAGCAGCGCUCGAGGACAGCUUAAUUUCUGUUACUAUCGCGAUAGCAAGACAUUCUCCAAAAUGCACAUCUGCAAUCUUGAAGUAUCCGAAAUUUGUGGAAAUAAUUGUGGAAAGAUUCAAGUUGAACAAAAGAAUGGAGGUUCUUCCUUCUCAGAUCAAUUCUGUUCGCCUCUUAAAGGUGUUGGCCCGGUAUGACAAACGUACUUGCAUGGAGUUUGUGAAGAAUGGGACAUUCAAUGCGGUCACUUGGCAUUUGUUUCAGUUCACCUCCUCUCUUGACUCGUGGGUGAAGUUAGGGAAGCAGAACUGCAAGCUUUCAUCUGAUUUGAUGGUUGAACAACUUCGGUUUUGGAAGGUCUGCAUCCAAAGUGGCUGUUGCAUAUCUCGAUUCCCAGAGCUAUUCCCAGCUCUGUGUCUGUGGUUAAGUAGCCCAUCAUUUGAGAAGCUCAAGGAGAAAAAUCUCGUCUGCGAGUUUACUUCUGUGUCAAAGGAGGCUUACCUGGUCCUUGAGGCUUUUGCCGGAACACUUCCUAGUAUGUACUCACAAAACAUUCCACGGAAUGAAUCUGAGGCUUGGGACUGGAGAUAUGUUAGCCCUAUGAUCGAUACAGCACUGAGCUGGAUAACAUUGGCCCCCAAAUUACUCGAGUGGGAGAGAGGAAUCGAAAGUGUCUCCGUGUCCACUGCUUCUCUGUUGUGGCUGUAUUCGGGUAUCAUGCGUACAAUUUCCAAAGUUCUUGAGAAAGUCUCUGUCCGUGGAGAGGAAGAACCCCUGCCUUGGCUGCCGGAGUUUGUUCCAAAGAUUGGCCUCACCAUCAUCAAGCACAAGCUUCUUAGUUUUUCCGUUGCAGACGCAAGUAGGUAUGGAAAAGACUCUUCCAGGUGCUCCUCUUUUAUGGAAUUUUUGUGUCUUCUAAGAGAACAAUCUCAAGAUGAAGAACUGGCGCUAGGUUCUGUGAGUUGCCUUGAUGGGUUAACACGGACUAUCGUGUCCAUCCAAACUCUUAUAGAAUCUGCGAGAUCUAAGAUGAAAACUCCUCCUCAGGGAAGCCUUUCCAUCGGAGAUGAUUCUGUGCUUGCAAAAGGAAUAGUGACAGAGUCUCUCGCUGACCUAACAUCUGUGUGGAGCUCAUUUAGAGAUUCCAUUGCAUCAGAAUGGCCCAUCAUGCAAUCCAUUGAGCUACACAAACGAGGUGGACUAGCUCCUGGGGUCGGACUUGGUUGGGGAGCUAGAGGUGGUGGGUUUUGGUCAACCAGAGUUCUGUUGGCACAAGCUGAUGCCGGUCUUCUGAGUAUCUUUCUUAACAUCUCUCAAAUGGACUCGCAGAAUGAUCAGGGAUCGGUUUUCUUGAUGGACAAAAUGAACUCCGCCUUGGCAAUGUGCUUGAUUGCAGGUCCGAGGGAUCAUUUACUUGUGGAAAAAGCCUUGGACUAUGUCCUUGGACCGCAUGCUUUAGAACACCUGGCCUACUGUAUCAAGUCAAACAAGAGAACCAUAACGGUCGACUGGAAAUGUAGCGAUGGAGAUUGUGAUCGUAUGAGCAACGUGCUCGCUUCUCACUACAAACUUAGGUGGUUACGCCCAAAGAGGAAAUCCAAAUCCGAGAAUGGUGCCCGUGGGAUAAGGAAAGGUGCAGUUGGUCUGGAGACAAUUGAUGAGGAGGGUGAAAUGCCAAAUAUUUCAACUCAGGAACAAAAAUCAGACUCCCAGAUCAUAGAGUGGGCUCACCAGAGAAUGCCCCUGCCUCCACACUGGUUUCUCAGCUCCAUCUCAGCAGUCCAGGGUGGUAAAACCUCAGAAGGGGCACCAGAAUCCACAGAGUUGCUUGAAGUUGCAAAAGCCGGAGUAUUCUUUAUUGCAGGGCUUGAGUCAUCAUCUGGGUUGGGCUCGCUUCCAUCUCCUGUUUUGAGUGUGCCGUUGGUUUGGAAGUUUCACGCGUUGUCCACGGUGUUGCUUGUUGGAAUGGAGAUGCUCGAAGACAAGACGACUAGGAGCUUGUACAGUUUUCUCCAGGAGCUCUAUGGGAAGGUUCUCGAUGAAAGGAGGCAAAAAGACGGUGAAAGGGAGCUCCUGAGGUUCAAGUCUGACAUUUUCGAGAGUUACUCAACUUUUCUGGAGAUGCUGGUGGAGCAAUAUGCAGCAGUGUCGUAUGGGGACGAACUAUAUGGCCGGCAGAUGUCGAUCUACUUGCAUCAAUGUGUGGAACCCUCUGUUCGGCUUUCGGCAUGGACUGUGCUCUCGAAUUCCCGUGUUCUUGAGCUACUGCCGAGUCUAGACAAAUGCUUGGGAGACGCACAAGGUUACCUCGAACCGGCUGAGGAAAACGAGGGCAUCCUUGAGGCGUACCUCAAGUCAUGGACUUGUGGAGAUCUGGACAGAGCUGCGACGCGAGGAUCGGUAGCCUUUACACUCGUCGUGCAUCAUUUUUCAUCCGUAUUGUUCGGCAAGCAUAAAGAAGCAGUAUCCCUGCGGAAUAAGAUUGUAAAAACUCUUGUGAGAGAUUUAUCAAGUAAACGGCAUCGGGAGGGGAUGGUGGUGGAACUCGUGCGGUAUAGUAAAAGGUGUGUAAAUGCGAUGGAAGAAGAAUCAGCAAGGGAGACGAGCGAGAGAGAGAGAAGACUGGAGGUGUUGAAGGAGGCUUGCGAAGGAAACUCCUCACUCCUCUCGGAGCUGGAGAAGCUCAAAUCGGCCGCCUUGUGUGGAAGAAGUAAUGUUGUUGGAUUCUUGUCCUAUCUCACAAUGUAUGAUGAUGAUGAUGAUGGGGAUUUUCCAAAUUCUGGCAAGUCCAAUAAUAAACUUGACGGACAUUUGAAAGCGAACGUUGGUCUCUCGGCGAUGCUGAUUAGCGGCGCAUCAGCGACCCCGUUGAGGCCCGGGUUCUGCGGAAUUGGUAGGGAGAAACACAUCCACAUCCACACCCACACUGCUGUGCCCAUGAGGAGGAGACUAGCGAUAGGGUGUUCAUCCUCUUCGUCGUCCAGCUUCGAUCUAAGGACGUAUUGGACAACCCUAAUCACGGAGAUAAACCAGAAGCUCGAUGAAGCCAUUCCGGUCAAGUACCCUGAGGGGAUCUACGAGGCCAUGAGAUACUCCGUCCUCGCACAAGGCGCCAAGCGUGCCCCUCCUGUUAUGUGUGUGGCCGCCUGCGAGCUCCUCGGUGGCCAUCGCCGCGCCGCUUUCCCCACCGCCUGUGCCCUUGAAAUGGUUCACGCGGCUUCGCUGAUUCACGACGACCUGCCCUGUAUGGACGAUGAUCCUGUCCGCAGAGGAAAGCCAUCGAACCACACAGUGUACGGCGCAGACAUGGCCAUUCUCGCCGGUGACGCUCUCUUCCCUCUCGGCUUCCAGCACAUUGUCUCCCACACGCCUCCUGAGCUUGUUCCCCGAGCCACCAUCCUCAGGGUCAUCUCCGAGAUCGCCCGCACCGUCGGCUCCACCGGUAUGGCUGCAGGGCAGUACGUUGACCUUGAAGGCGGCCCCUUCCCUCUUUCCUUUGUUCAGGAGAAGAAAUUCGGUGCCAUGGGGGAGUGCUCUGCCGUCUGCGGAGGACUCUUGGGCGGUGCCACCGAGGAAGAGCUUGAGAGUCUCAGAAGGUACGGCAGAGCCGUUGGGAUGCUCUACCAGCUGGUGGAUGACGUCAGAGAAGAUGAUGAUGGCAACAACAACAAUAAGAAGAAGAAGAAGAAGAAGAAUAGCUAUGCGGGUUUCUUUGGAGCACAGAGGGCAAUGGAAAUGGCGGAAGAGCUACGUGCAAAUGCCAAGAAGGAGCUGCAAGUGUUUGACAAGUACGGUGGAGGAGACGCCGUUGCUCCUCUCUACAGCUUCGUUGACUACGCUGCUCACCGAGAUUUCCUUCUUCCUCUCUGA